GAGCGCCCUCAAUUGGCCAUUCGAUCAAGAUGGCAGCCUCCGUGAAAAAUGUCGUCUGGAAUUUUCCAAGAUUUCAGCUGGCUGGAGUAUACAUGAGACAAAGCCAGCGAUUGGCUAGCAGCAAGGCAUCAGGGACAGCCAAGCCAACAGCCAAAGGAGACAAGAAAAAGGCUGCAAAACAAGAGCCUAUCUCUGACACGCCCAAGGCAUCUGCCAGUGAAGCGCCCCCUUUGUACACCUAUGAGGUCCCCACGUAUGACGACUGGUACUUCUAUAAUCUAGAGAGUGACAUGUCGAAGUAUCGGAUACCCCAGCCGGAACCAGGCAAACCCUAGACCGGACAAGAGCUCGUGACGAGUAUGCGGUGCUGUUUGAUAGACUCCCACAUGAACGUCAAUCGAGACAGGAAUGCAUGUCCUUUCCCCCACCGAAUGGGAGGGUCUGGGAUUUGGAGAAAGGGGGGGGGGGGGUGGUUCUGACACAUGGAAUAAAUGUUAAUAAAGAAUAAAAAAUGGGCCUUACAUUUGAAAUUCUAGAUUGCAUGGAGAUGUGUAUGCUGAAAUUGUUUCUUUUGCAGCCAAUGUUUCUUCUUAUAACUUGUGAGCAAAAGGAGGGCGUCACACUGCACCCAGGCCCACCCCCCCCCCCCCCCCCCCCCCCCUGCCCCUGUCCCUCUCAGAAUGCUUUGAAGGCAGUGGUAAAGUUUGUAUUUAUUUUAGUUCGCAAAUUUAUGACCUGUAGAGUCAAUAGAGUAAAUUCAUGUUAAACUUGAAACCGUUUUGAUGCCACUGGUAUUUUAUUUUAAAUUUUGUAAAGUUGAAUUAUAAUUCAUCUCUUGGAAAACAUGCUUCACAGUGUCGUUAAGCUUCACUGUCUGGAACGGAAUACACUUUUUUGUUUGCAACAUUCUGUGGAUUUUGAAUCCAAUUUGAUGUAAAAGUGUCAAAAUGUUAGAUCAUAUGAAUUACAUUGUGGAAAAUGUACAACCAAAAUGUGAACACCCCCCCCCAAUACUAUGUACCAGUUUAAAUUGCCGACCACCCCCCCCACC